AUGUACGGCAGAGACAGUCUCGACAGAUAUGGCGACGACUUGUGUCAAGUCUUGUUGUCUUACCUCUCAUUUGACCAGAAAUUCAAAUACGAAAGCGUUUGCAAACAAUGGCAACGAUUGAUAUACAAUAGCCAGACAUCACUUGUGUUUAACAAACAAUUAUAUGCGUGUUUAACGGCUAAUCCGGCCAUUAAUUUGCCGGCGUUUAAGUGUAUCAUUAAAAAGUGCCCAAACAUUGAACACAUAGACUACUCGUACGGAUUGCUAUCCAACGAAAUUCUGGAUUUAAUCUGUGUUUACGGCAAACACUUGACAGCCAUUGAGUUCAGGAGACGGCUGGACAUCAGUGCCGAUAAAUUGGAGGUAUUUUUUGCACAGUUUGGCCCACAAUUGCAAUGUGUCCGCAAUAUCGACACCUACUAUAACCCCAUUAAAGGUAAUCCGGUGGAGAAACACCUGCACCGGUGCCCCAAUGCCCGGGAAAUCAGUGUCUACUCCUUGAGCACUGACUCUGGUCAGCACAUCUCAACCAUGUUUGGACUAAACAAUACAUUAAUGUUCAAAAUGCUUCAAAAAAUAACCAUCACUUAUUUCGACGCCAACUCUGUGCCAGCCUUUCACACAUUUGCCCUCCACUACAAGAAUACCAUGAAAUCAGUUUCGGUGACAAUUGGCGAGCGAUGCGAUGAUAAGUCACUCAUAAUACUAGUGAAUGCAAGGUUCUAUCAUGUACGAUCUAAACUGCCUCCCGGACCGCAUCCACUGCCACUCAUUGGCAAUAUUUUACACCACAAGUUGUUGNAAACAGUAUUCAAACGGAAAGAUCAUUGGGAUGUAGUGUUCAGAGAACUGGCCAAACAAUACGGCCCGGUAUUCACCUUUUGGUUCUUCAAUAGACCACAAGUUGUUGUGACGGACGUAGAGAUGGCGAGAGAGACCUUCAAGAAGAAUGACUUCGCCGGCAGAGAUAUUUCAUACAUUGCCAGUUAUUUGUCUAAUGAUAAGCACUCGGACGUGGCAUUUGCCGAUUACGGUCACAGAUGGGAAGCGUUGAGACGAGUGGCACAUUCGGCCGUUCAUGCUAAGAAUGACGCCCUCAGAGACGGCAAAGAGUCGGCCCCUUAUCUCACGGACGCCAACCUCGCGAUGACUGUUAUGGACCUAUUCUUCGCCGGAACCGAUACAUCUCAGGGAACAUUUCAAUGGCUUUUGCUAUUUAUUUGUUAUUAUCCGAAAAUGCAGCAGAAGUUGAGACAAGAGAUUGAGUCCCAAAUCGGAGACCGAAUGCCAACACAUGAGGACAGGAAUCGAUGCCAUUAUGUCAUGGCUUUCAUCGCAGAGACACUUAGAUUCAGAAAUAUCACACCUCAAGGUUUACCUCAUAAGGCUAUGGUUAGGAGUACUAUCGGCAAUUACACAAUACCUGAGAAAAUGGGAAUUAUGGUAUAUCAGGGAAUCAUAUGUCGUAACGACAAAGAUUGGCAAAACGCCGAUGAAUUCAAACCCGAGAGGUUUUUGAAUAGAGAGGGACAGUAUUUGGUUACCAGACCUCAAGCCUAUAUACCCUUCGGUGUGGGCCGUCGGGUCUGUCCGGGAGAGAAGUUAGCCAUCGCUAACUUAUUCCUGGUUUUGGUCCGAUUUCUUCAGUCCACACAAGACUAUGAGUUAGUCCUCGACAGCCAUAACGGCAUUGACGUCGAUCCUAAUAACAUAAGGACUUUGUCUAAACUGCCUCCUGGGCCUAACCCGUGGCCAAUCAUCGGCAAUAUAUUACUAUUCAAACGGAAAGAUCAUUGGGAUGUAGUGUUCAGAGAACUGGCCAAACAAUACGGCCCGGUAUUCACCUUUUGGUUCUUCAAUAAACCACUAGUGAUGGUGACGGACAUCGAGACGGCCAGAGAGGCCUACAGGAAGAAUGACUUCGCCGGCAGAGACGUGUCAUAUAUUGUUUCUCAAUUUUCAAAUGAAAAGCAAUCGGACGUAAUAUUUGCCGAUUACGGCCACAGAUGGGAGGCGUUGAGACGAGUGGCACAUUCGGCCGUACAGAAAUAUUCAACAAAUGAUAGACUUGUUUCAGUGGCCGCCGAUUCAGUCGAUCGUACGGUUAAAACAAUGAUUGAGAGGGAAGGAGUGGGCAAUGCUUUCGAUCCCAAGAGUUAUAUCUAUCUAAUGUUUCUCAACAUAUUAGCCACCAGUGCUUUUGGCAUUAGUUAUGACUAUGAAGACAAGGAAUUUAAAUUUCUUAAAUACGCUGUGAGUGACUUUAAUAAAGAAGUUGGCAGUCGUUUCUUCUUAUGGGAAUUCUCGCCAUUAAUACGAUUAUUAGACCGAAAAAUGGUUCAAAAACAUCAGAGACUUGUUAAAGAAUUGAUUGAUUUGGGAAGAAAUAAGUUUAUAAAACAUUACGACGACUAUAACGAGUCAAUUGAGAGAGACUUUUGCGAUGCACUCAUCAGUGCUAAGAAUGACGCCCUCAGAGACGGCAAAGAGUCGGCCCCUUAUCUC